AUGACGGAGGAGCUGCUAUUUUGGAUUUUUCUAGGGCUUUUGGGGGUGUGGAUAGCAAAUUCAAGCUUUCUGAAGAAGGAUGGACACUUUAUUAUGUUUCGUAGUUCAGUGACCAAGACUCAGAUGGACUUUUUGCUUUUUAGGAAAGAGGAUAGAGUGCUUUGUAAAGAUUGUAAAGUCAUACCUAGCGAGAGUCUUUCGACUCAGCAUAAGUUGUUGGUGAUGGAUUUGGUUAUCAAUAAGGGCAAAAAAAAGAGAAGCCUGGAGGCUCGGCCCAGGAUUAAGUGGGGUAGCCUGACUUUGGCUAGUGCUUUGGAAAUAGAGGAGAAUUUGAAGAGUAGGGGGGCUUGGGAGAGUAGAGGAGGUGCGAAUAGUAUGUGGGAGACGACUGCUAGUUGUAUUAGGGAGACCGCUAGAGAGGUGUUGGAUGUCUCGAGAGAGGAGAAAGACAGAGAAAAGAAGUUGUAUAGGCUGGCUAAGGCUAGGAAGCGGAGGGCUCGUAACCUUGACCAGGUGAAGUGCAUCAAAGAAGAGGAUGGUACAGUGUUGGUGGAGGAUGAUCUCAUUAGGGAGAGGCGUAUCAAGGUUGAGGAGGUCAAGGAAGCUAUUCGCAGGAUAAGGUGGGGUAGGGCGACAGGCCAGACGAGAUUCCAGUGA